AUGUGGCGAUUUCCACGAAUAAUCAACGCACUCAACGGCGUCGCGAGAGCCGCUUGCUGAAUUGUGCGCGGACUGGAAGCUUAUGUUGCAACAGCAGCUGAAGCUGGUGGAAACCCCUACCACCAAGCUAUCCACCCCCACACGGGCCAAUCAACUUUUACUGGUGGCUCACAGUCCAUCAAUUCCAUCGCCAGCAGCAUUACGGAGUUCUUAUGUGACCCGCAUGCCCAAGGUACUUUUGACUCCAGGUACAAACGAUAUGAGGAUUUAUUCUCUGUCCGGGAAGACGCAUGGAAGGUACGACUCCUCCUUCACAAACUGGGCCCUGCCGAGCACGAACGCUACGCCAACAUCAUUUGGCCCAAGAAUCCAAGGGACAUUUUCUUCGCGGACACGCUGAAGAAGUUGUCGCAAAUUUUCGGUUAG